AUGGACCCCGCCCCCCGCCCGUCCCGCAAGAAACGGCCCCCGCGCGUGGUCUUCUCCGGCAUCCAGCCCACGGGGAUCCCGCAUCUAGGGAACUACUUGGGCGCGCUGGCGCCGUGGCGGCAGAUACAGCGGGACGCGGUGCCCGACGACGUGCUGCUGUUUAGUAUCGUGGAUAUGCAUGCGUUGACGACGCGGCCGGAGCCAGAGAAGUUGCGGAAGCGGUCGUGGCGAGGGUUGGCGAGCUUGUUAGCGGUGGGGAUCACACCGGAGACGCGGAUGGAACGGGGGGUGCAGGUUGGGGUGUUCUUUCAGAAUCAGCUGCCUCGCCGGAUGGAGCUGAUGUGGAUUCUCUCCUGUCUCACGUCGAUGGGGAAUUUGAGCCGGAUGACGCAGUGGAAGUCGGCUCGGGCGGCGCAAAAACUCGGGCUUUUCUCCUACCCCGUGCUACAAGCUGCAGACAUCCUCAUUCAUGGGGCAACCCACGUCCCGGUGGGCGAGGACCAGGCGCAACACCUCGAGUUCGCGCGCGACCUCGCCGACACCUUCAACCACCUCUACAGCCCCACAAAACCGAUCCUCCUCCCCCCGCAAACCCUCAUCUCCCCCGCCAAGCGCGUGCGCUCGCUCACCGACCCCGCGCGCAAGAUGUCCAAGUCCGACCCGUCCGACUGGUCGCGCAUCCUGCUCACCGACAGCCCGGAGGUGAUCCAGGAGAAGAUCCGGUAUGCGACGACGGACUCGAUCCAGGGGGGCACGAGCUACGACCCCGUGCAUCGGCCGGGGAUCGCAAACCUCAUCGACAUCCUCACCUGGAUGUACGAGCUGAAGCUGCGGCGCGAGGGGCGGAACUACGACUUCGCGGAGCUCAAGGCGGACACGAUCAAGUUCGCGGUGCCAAUGCGGUUGAAGCUCUUGAAGGGGGUGGUCGCGCAGGCGGUGUCGGACGAGCUGAUGCCGUUCCGGGUCAAGUAUGAGUGGCUGACGAAGAGCCCGGAUGGACGGAGGGAGCUGCAGGAGGCUCGAUGGGCGGGAGGGAAGAUGGCGACGUUAGGCACCGCGUUGAAGCUCUCGGAGGUACGGGAGGCGGUGGGGCUGGUGAGGAGCCGAGACGAGCCGCACGCGGACGAUUUUUAG